AUGAAAGAAUUAAUAAAAAUGAAUAAAAUAGAACAUUUAUAUGGAGCAGUUAUUUAUGUAUCACAAAGUGCAGGAGAAGAUGAAACAUUUAAAGAAUUAAAAGAUUUAAUUAAAACACCAAUUUAUGGAAUGAAUUAUGAAAAAUUUAUACCAGCAUUAAUACAAUAUUAUAAACAACCACAAGAAAAACAUUUAUUAAUUAUAUUAGAAGAUGCAUCAUUUUCACUAAUGAAAGAAGAUAAAACAUGGGGAGAAAUUAUUACAAGAUUAAGACAUUUAAAAACAACUAUUAUUGUAAAUAUGCAUAUUUGGAAAAGUUUAAAUCCCUCAUUUAAAACACAAGUAGCAACAAUUAUUAUAUUUAAAGGAUAUUCUAAAGAAAAUUUUAAUUAUAUAUUUAGACAAACAGCAGCAAAUACAAGUGGAACUGUUGGAUAUUAUUUAUAUUUAGGAAUGAAUAAAGAACAAAUAUUAAAAAUAGAUAAUUUAACAGGAGAUAUAAGUAUUAUUAAAAAAUAA